AUGGGUGAACUUCAGAGAAUGGAAUGCCAAUUCGAGAUCAAAUCCUCAGCUGAAAAGUUCUUUGAUGUGUACAAGAACAAACCCUAUCUCAUGGCAAAACUCUCCAAUCAAACAGUUAAUGAUGUAAAACUUCUUCAAGGCAACUGGAAUUCUCAAGGUUCUUUCAGGCUAUGGCAUAUUGCUGUCGCAGGAAGCUUGGUGAAAUGGACUAUGGAAUUCGAGAAGCAAAACGAAAACAUCCCUGAUCCUGUCAAGUACGGAGAGUUUUUGACCGCCUGGGCUAAGCUUCUCGAUGCCUAA